UACAUUAACAACAACAACAACAACAACAAAGAGAAAGAACGUCAAAAACAAAAACAAAAACAAAAACAGAACAGCGAGAGAAAGAGAGAGAGCUCACAGGAAUGCUUAUCUUUGCCUCCAAUUCUUAAACCCUUAGGUUUUUCCAUAUUUGAAGGUUAAACCCAUUGCAUGGCGUUUUGGAUAAACAAGGAAAUCUAAAGCAACUCUGUUACUUCACAUGAAAAGCGAGUAGUACGGACAAUGGCGAACCUUUAUCCCUCUAAUUUGUUAUCUGCUUCCACUCGUUUCAAAGCCUCCACUGAAAUGGCUCUCAAGACCCAUCACCACCCUUUUCUUCAGGGAUUCAAGGAGGGAUUUUCACAAUAUGAUAAAAAAUGCCACUAUAGUUCAAGUUUUAUACCAUCAGGGUUAUUUCAGAAUUCUGGGCCCAAAGUCAUGUGUGCAAUGAACAUGGCUUCAGGGCAGUCAGAUGAUCCUGGGAAGACAAAAUUGGAACGCCUGCAGGACAUGGCAAUCAAACUGUGGGAAAGUACCCCUGCUCCAGUAAAGAGUUUCCCCUGGAAUAGAGCAUUUGACAACUUCGUCCAACUCAUCCUUGACCUUAUCUUGGCAGUUGUCAGAUACUUAAGUGUACCUCUACUGGUGGUGUCCUCCCUUAGUGAGAUAUCAUAUUGUGCACAUGAAAAGAAGCUGUUUCUUAUGCCUGUCCCAUUACUUAUUGGAAUUGCUGUUGCUGAAGUCUUGAGGCAGACAGCCUUGGAUGUCUCUCCACUUCUCAAGGAUGCAGAAGUUCCAUGGCAUCUGAUUUGCAUGGCUAUUUUGUUCACGCUUCUUAAAUUAGCAGGGCCAUCUCUACCAUACUGGGGCCGGAUAUUUGUCCCACACUUUGCCAAUGGGGGUUUGUUUAGAACUCUAUGGGCAUUUUGGCAGCGUAGGAAAAGGCACUGAGAAAUUAGAGCAUUCAGUAAAUAAGAUCCAAUUCUUGCAGGAAAAAAAUAUAACAGGUUGAAGAACAGGGCAGAAGGAGUAAGGAUCUUUCUUGUCAAUUUUUGGGCAGAGCAUUGUAGUGGUUGUCAUUAUUGUAAUAAGAAAGUUCAAAUUAGAAUUUCAUUUGUCAAUUUGAUACAAUACCUGUAGUCAAUGAAUAGCUAUAUUUUGAUGCUUUUUUGUGUUCAUAUGGAUGUACUUUAAUACACAGGCAUUAUAGAUUGAGUUCAUGCUAUUUCAAUUGGUCACUUUAUCA